AAUUUGUUUGUUUAUGUGGAAGUGGAAGCUUGUUAGGAGUUUUGAUUUUGUUAGAGGAAGAGCUCAUUAUUGGCCUCUCAAGGGAGACCUUCUUACCGUUUGGCGUGGAGGGAAGUUGCAACCCGCGUUCUUCCUCCUCCUCCAUACCGUUCCCAUUUCAUGAUUUGGAUUACCGUGAUUGAUUUAUCACCAUGGGUUGGUUGCGCAAUAUCUCCUUUACUACUUCCUCCAUGGUGAGAAUUCCGGCCACUGCCACCGGUGACCAUUCCCCGACCAGAAAGGCUACUACCAGAGACUCCCACAAUCAUAAUUAUCGGGGAGUUGUUUGGCGUUUUGGCGCCUCUAAACAUUCCCGCCAUAGGAAGCUUCGGAACUUAAGCGGACGUGAGCGUGCCGCUACUUCUUUGGCUAAAUGGUCCGAUACUACGCCCGAACCCGACUCAUUGUCAAGACUGUCGAGUACUUCUGAUGAACAUGCCGUGCCCUUGCCUCUCCCGGAGGUUCCCCCGAUAUUUCAGCGUCGUGAAGGGAUCUCGAAUUCGAAUUCUGCUUGUGGAGACGGGGAUUGUCCUCUUCCGUCGCCCAAGGAUUGGCAUGGCCGAGGCGGGGACGACCGUGAUGUAGAUAGAUGUAGAACUGCACCUCCUCUUAAGACUGGAGGCGGGGAUUCCAUUGGUACUCCGAUUAAAAGUAUAUCUGAUUCUGGGGAGAGGCAGAAGAAAGAAGAUCAGAUUGGGACAAGGUCGUCUGGGAGGGUGAAUCAAUAUGCCAGACGCUUUCCUGAAGCAUCUCAGAAUAAAUUUUGGAUUGACGUUCCCUGUAGGAGUGCUCCUACUAGUCCUUUUGCAAGUCCUACACUUAGUCCCCAAAGAAAUAGUUCCAGCAACCUUUCAAACUCCCGUCAUGUGGCUCCGUUAGAAUAUCAAGGCUGGUCUGCACCUGAGCUACCAUCCUCAGCAAUGAUGCGGGGGGUUCCUCCUGCAUUCUUUGAUGGCUCCACUCUUAGCUCUGAGAGUUCUCCCAUGCAUAGCCCAACAGUUAGAAAUCCCCACCAAGAUCCCAGAAGUCCAACAGGAGCUUCAUCUCCAUUGCAAACCAAGAUUUCCCUUGAAACACAUGCUCAGCGUCGUGAAGGUUCUGGUCCUGUCAGUGUCCACCCAUUACCUCUUCCACCUGGAGUACCAAUACCUUCAUCGUCAAUCUCAAUGACUUCACCGUCAACCAUAAUGCCUUCACCAUCAACCCCAACGCCUUCACCAUCAACCCCAACGCCUCUACCAUCAACCCCAAUUACAGAAGCUAACACUAAAGCUGAGCCAAUCUCAAUGAAAAAUCAAUGGCGGAAAGGAAAACUUAUUGGCCGGGGCACAUUUGGAAGUGUUUAUGUUGCAAGCAACAGAGAAAAUGGAGCUUUAUGUGCAAUGAAGGAAGUUGAAUUAUUUCACGAUGAUCCGAAGUCAGCUGAAUGUAUAAAGCAAUUAGAACAGGAAAUCAAACUUCUGAGCCAGCUAAAGCAUCCAAAUAUUGUCCAGUACUAUGGUAGUGAUUUUGUUGAAGAUCGAUUAUAUAUUUACCUGGAGUAUGUUCAUCCUGGUUCAAUUAAUAAAUAUGUUCGUGAACAUUGUGGAGCCAUGACAGAAUCUGUUGUUCGAAGUUUUACUCGUCACAUCCUCUCAGGGUUGGCCUACUUGCACAGCACAAAGACUAUACAUCGGGACAUUAAAGGUGCUAAUUUGCUUGUAGACUCUUGUGGGGUUGUCAAGCUUGCUGACUUUGGAAUGGCUAAACAUCUUACAGGACAAGUUGCUGAUCUCUCUUUAAAGGGAAGUCCAUACUGGAUGGCUCCUGAGCUCCUUCUGUCUGUGAAGCAGAAGGAUAACAACUCUGAUCUUGCCUUAGCUGUUGAUAUUUGGAGCCUUGGUUGCACUAUUAUAGAAAUGUUCACUGGCAAGCCACCUUGGAGCGACUAUGAAGGGGCUGCAGCUAUGUUUAAGGUAAUGAGAGACACCCCAACAAUACCUGAAUCAUUAUCAUAUGAAGCCAGAGAUUUCUUAAAAUGCUGCUUUCAGAGAAAUCCUGCAGAGAGGUCGACUGCUGCCAUGCUGCUUGAACAUCCAUUUAUAAAAAACUUGCAACAUCCAGAUGCUCCAUCUUGCUAUCAGGCCAUCGCUAGAUCGAGUUUGAUGGACAAAUGCUACAGCCCAAGUAAACAAUAUUCGAGUAAACUUGAUCAGUCUUCCAUGCUUCCAAGCUCACAAAAUUCCAAGGGAAUGUUAGCGGCCGAGAGUGUGAUUGGCUCACUCUCUCAUCAUGAAACCUCUGACUUAACUGUAAUGUCUCGUCAUUCUCCCCGUUCUACCCUUGAGGCUCUUCCAGUACUGUCACCUCCAUGCUUAGUUCACAAUGUGCACCAUCUCAGUUCCCCUGCAAAUGCAGUCGGCGUUGUAAAUCAAACAAAUAAGAAGAGCCACACACUAAUUUAGCCUAUGAACGGGAAGUAAAAUGGUUGUACCAGGCCUGCCUCUGGCUUUGUUUGUACCUUCCAUCGAUGUGCGUUUGACUUGGGUGGCUAAAGUAUAAAAUCAGCAUCAUGACAAGAAGCCAGAUUCGGGUGCUGCGUCUAGUAGGCGAGUUUCUGGCAUAGAUUGUUACUAACACAUGUAGUUGUGUCUUCUUUUGAAAUGGAAUAGCUUCUGGUCUGGUAGUCUACUCCACAAUGGGAGUUGAGAAACAAUUUUGUAUACUGUUUUUUUUUUUUUCUCUCUUUAUUUUUCUUCUCAUUUUAGAGCUUCAGUUAUGGCAAUAUCCACUGGUCAUUCCUUGGUGUUGGCGUGGGAAAAUCAGCACUUCCAUGUACGACUUCAAACUGAAUUUGUAGAUAUUAGAGUGGUAUGAUAAUGGAAUCAUAUGGUCGAACAAAGGUUCCAUUGAAAUUUUAUUAGUUUGAUUCCGAUGGAUAUGCAAUUCUCCUUGUGAUCAUGUCUUCCCUUUGUUUCCGCUCCUGUACAAGUUUUCCAUCUGUACUUCAAAAAGUUGGUGAUAAAAAAUGAUUGCAUAUUUUAAAAGUUUUCGUUUAGCUUAGAAGAUGAACUAGAAAAAGUCUUAUGGGGGUGUAGACAUUAUUGUUCAACCAAUCAAACUGUGCAAAGUUGCGCUGUGGUCUUAAGUAGAAGGACCAAUCUACUAAAUAUGAUCUAAACGAUGAGGGAAAAAAGAAAAUAAAGGAAGAGAGAGAAAGAGAGUAUGAAGAAAUGUCAUUUUAGCUUUUGUAGUUUUUUUUAUUUUUUGCAUAUCAUUUUUCAACUGAAUUGCCCCAAGAAAGUGCCUUCAUUUGGCAGUGGUGGUGGAACCACGUGAAGUUCCAUCAUUCGAACCCGAUUCUGCUGACACAGAUAGAGAGAAAAAAGAAAGAAAGAAACAGAGAGAAAAAUGGAAGCUCCAGCUCCACAAGCAAUAGAGGUUUCCAGCAAGAACCUUGGGGUGGAAGAAGAUGAGCAAGAUAAAGCCCUCAAUGAGUGCUGUUCUUGCUGCUAUGACUGCUCCCAAAGCUGGCUUGAUUUCUUGUGCUGUUCGGAUGUGUGUGGGUGUUAGAUGGUGAAGUAAUUGGAUUUUGUCCACAAAUUCUGAGACGACGAUGCUGCAGCCUGCAGUAGUGAAGAUCAGGAAGUAGGAAGAAUCUGUUUUUUGUUUACUGUUUUACUCUCACUCUGUUCUCCCUAGAUUUCUUUACCUCCCUUUUCCUUUCUUCUUCAGCUUAGACUUCCUUCAUCUUCUUGUUUACUGAAUUCAAUCUAAAUAAGCUACUUACCAAACUCUUGCUCCUCUUCAUGACUUUCUUUUCCUUCCUUCACUUGAACGGGUAGAGAUUCCAUCCUUUAAUCUCUCUAUCAAAGCUAUUUAUCAAUUGAGCUCAAGUCCGAUUGGCUAUAA